AUGGCUGAAAAGGGAAGACCGAUAUGUCGAAGCAGCGAAAGUAGUGAUGAUGAGAAAAGUGUUAUGGAAACACCGGCAAGCGAUCUGGUCGUGACGAAAUAUGCGAUGGCGGCCGAUAUCGUCAAUGCCGUCUUGAAAGAACUGAUACUGGCUAUAAAAAGUGGUGUUCAAGUAGGCGAAAUUUGUGAUCUCGGCGAUAGGCUUAUGAAUGAGCGGUUAGCAAAAGUUUUUAAGAAGGAAAAAGAUGCCUUGAAAGGUAUUGCUAUGCCAACAUGCAUUUCAAUCAACAAUUGUGUUUGUCAUUUUUCUCCGUUGCGAAGCGAUCCGCCAGUGAUUAUCAAGGAUGGACAGAUGGUGAAAAUUGACCUCGGAGCUCACAUUGAUGGUUUCAUUGCAACCGCUGCUCAUACCAUUGUUGUCGGAGCUUCUCCAGAAAACAAGAUAAAAGGCAGGAUGGCAAACGUGAUGCUUGCUGCGUACAAUGCUAUGGAAGCAGCAGUUCGCAUGCUUCGUCCAGGGUUGUAUAAAAAUAUGGAAAUUACGGACAUGAUUGAUAAAAUUGCAAGUAUAUAUCAGGUAAAGCCAGUUGAGAAUAUGCUUUCGCAUGAAUUAAGGAAGAAUAAGAUUGAUGGGGAAAAGCAAAUUAUUCAAAAUCCUGGUGAAAAGCAACGUUCUGAAAUGAUGAAAUGUAGUUUUGAAAAAUUUGAAGUGUAUGCUAUUGAUAUUCUGAUGAGCACUGGUGAAGGUAAAACCCGCAUUCUUGAUUCGAGAACAACAAUUUAUAAAAAAGUGGAUGAUCUCGUUUACUCGCUCAAAGUUAAAGCAUCAAGAUGCGAAGUUGAAAUUAGCAUUGCUCCUGGUUCCAUAUAUGUAAAGAAAUAUUUUUGA